AUGACGGAAGAAACAUUAGUUCAUAUCCGAAAAUACAACACAAAAGAACUUUUCAAUUUUUUACAGAGAAAAGGCUUACAACUUAACGACACUCAUUUCAGAAUUUUGCUCGAAGAGGAGAUAGACGGUUCCGCUUUUCUUUUGUUGAACGAGAAAAGGCUUAAUGAUUGUGGAUUUAAAGUAGGAUCGGUCGCAAAACUCGCAGACUUGAUUUUGAAACUUAACGGUGAAGAGCGUGCGUCGUUGCCUCAAGAUGAGUUACCAACCGCUGGAGUAGUCGUUGAACCACUUCAUAAAUCAAUUUCAACUGAAAGAAUCUCGGAUAAACUAACUCCACUUCUAGAAAAUCAACAAACACCUCACGUGAAGAGCCAAACAAUCGCUCAAUCAUUGCAUCCCGAUUUAAAAUUAAAAGGAUCAUCAAUAGAAAAGGUCGAAUAUCCUAAUGACAUUAACGAAAAUAACACUCAUUUACCUGAGACUGCAUCAGGGCUCCUCCGUUAUUACGAACUUUGGAAUUGCCACUACACUAAAUGGCCAAGCCUUAACGAGUAUUCUGAACAUCUAAGCAAUGUCAAAAAAGAUCGUGUACAUCAUUCAUUUAAAAAAGAGAUCGAGGUUUUACGAAAGUUGUUUGUAGAGGAUCAUCCCGCUCAGCUACGACUUACACAACUGGAGGGACAACUAAAGGCCUUGCGCUUGUUGGCGAGCGGGCUGUGUGCUUGGGCGGGAAGUUCUCGCCAGUGUGCUUGUGAGCGAAACGUGUUUUCGUGGGAUGAGUCGCGAGCUCAUCUAACUAAAAUGUGCCAGACAUCAAGAAUUAUAAAGAAGGCAACAAGAAAACAAAUAGCCAAUGCAACCAAACUGCUUACCAAAGAAGCGACUAUAAAGAAGGAAUUAGAAAUUGUUGAGGAUUCCGUAAUUGUCAAUGGAUAUCGCCGGAUCAAUAAACAUUAUAACGAUUUUCAUGAAGCAAGUACGCAAUUGAUUAAACGUAAGUUAACGACUGAUAAUCCCAACUCUGAUGGAAACGAAGAUGGGUUAAAAAAAGCUAGAAA